AUGGCCGGUACGGUCUUCCUUUCGCUUCCCAUUACCCACAACCCUCAACUACAUGGUUCCCACCACCGCCCUCUAUCCACAUCAGCUGCUACCACCAAGAGCAAGGCGACUGGCAAGAAGAAGGUCAAGAAGGGCGCCUACAACCGCUACGUCAAGGCUCAGAUGCCCCUCAUGAAGGCCGAGGCCACGAAGAAGGGCGAGAAGUUUGUCAGCGGCAACUACUUUUCCAAGAUCGGCGAAAUGUGGAAGACUGCCCCCGAGAACCCCAAGAACCAGAAGUAA